UACCGGCAGUGUGGCGCGUCGGCAGGGUUUGGGCCGUGCUCGGGAUCCGUCUCAGUCUUCGAGUUCUCCAUCCUUGCCCUCCGGUGUGCCAGGGCUGGCAGCUGGUUUGCCGCUGUGCCGGUUGCCAUGGCUGCUCUGCUGCUGGUGCAUUGCCCUCCGCUGCCAUUGCAUCGCUCCAGCGGCACCUCUGCAGCGGCGGCGAGGUCCCGAUUGGCACCGUCUGCAUCGCCGGCGCUUGCGUGAGCUCAGGGCAAGCUGGAGAAGGGAAAGUUUGGCAGUGAGCUGGAGUUCGAGGCGGCUUUCUGCGGAGCUCUGGGCUGAGCUGGCAGGAGCCACAAUGGCUCUGUCCAACCUCUCUCUGUGGAUCCGGGAUGCCUGGGCAGGAGCCACCUCUAACCUGGACCUGGAGAGCAAGAAACCCACCAAUGCCAAGCUGUCAUGGCAGCAGCCAGUGAAUGUCUUCCUCACGGCCGGGCGCCCGCCGGGCAUGGAGCAACUGCACCAGGAGGCUCAGCUCAACCUCCAGAGCUUGCUGCAAGAGGAGUAUGAAGAACAGUACACCGAGAGCAGAGUCACCGGGCAGACCUUCCGUGCCACCGGUCACCCAUCCCCCGACACCCCCCCUGAGCCAUCACCCCAACCCCCCCCUGCCAAGCGCCUCGAGUUUGUGCUUAUGCCCCCGAGCCGGCGAGACACUGAAGAGGAGACCACAGGCACGACCGCGCUGGCUGCAGGGUCACCAGGCACCCCCCUGAGCCUCCCCACCAGCCCGGACAAGCAGCCAGCCUGGCCCAGGGCCUUCCCCCUGCCCACGGUGGAGGAGAAGCAGUGGCACCAGUCCUGCUCUAUCCAAACCAACAUCGUCCCCAUCAAUGUCUCGGGGCAGCACUUUGCCAGGCUGGUGAGUGGCCGUCACUCCCUCUUUAACACUGAGACUGCCAUCAACCCCAAGUCCACCCUGCGCCGCAGACGGACCGUGAUUGGCUUCCCCAACCUGGCCCUGCGAGACCCAGGCGGUGCCAACGGCCCCACGGUCACCUCACACACGCCCAUCUCUGAGUCCCUCUCCUGCAGCUUCGUGCCUGAGACCACAAGCGGGGUGAAGACCCCCCAGGAGGUCAGCCCCCGCCCGCCCCUGUCUGCCCCGCUGAGGAAGACUUUCAGCGACCUUGGUGCCCGCUGCUGCCAGCCUCCCACCACCACGGACACCACAGCCACCCCCUGCGCUGGCACCUGCAACGGGCCGCCGGGCACCCCCUUCCCCCCACCCUGGAGCUCUCUGGGUUACGUGAGCCCCCCCAGCCCUGCCACCAGCGAGGGCAAAGCACCCAUCUGCACCUCCCCACGCGGCUCCAGCCCAUCGCCCGGCCCGGGCUCGCCCACCGCCGCCUCCUUCUUCAUCUCCAUGGAGGAGCGUGUGGGCAGCAACGGGCCCAGCUCCUUCUCGGGCACAGUGCCCGAAUCCCCCUCCAGCUCCGGGGGUGGCCAGAGGUGCGAGGGCCGCGAAGCCAAGGGGAGCUUCUUGCCGGGAAGCCCCGAGGAGCCGGAGCCGGUGGGGCCGGUGAGGCUGGAGGUGGAGCGGGCAGGGUGCCGGUUCCGAGAGCGCUCGCUGUCAGUGCCCACUGACUCGGGGUCCCUCUGCUCCGUGGACAUCGCCUACGCCGAGACCCGGCGGGGCAGCGCCAACUAUGCCCUGGGCUACCCCAGCGCCAGCUCGGAGGGCAGCACCAGCACUGACAACGUCUCGCUUGGGCUGGAGCCAGAGGGGCAGCGCCGGCGGCGCUCCAAGAGCAUCUCCCUCAAGAAGGCAAAGAAGAAGCCCUCGCCACCCACGCGCAGCGUCUCCCUCAUCAAAGAGGGGCCAGAUGCCACCGUGGGGCCCAGCUUGGUGCUGCCCAAGGAUCAGCGACCCAAGAGCCUGUGCAUUGCGCCGGAGCUGCAGGGCCACCGCCUGGUGCACUCUGACCCUCAGAGCAGCGUGGGCAGGGAGCCCGAGGGCACGGCUGCCCCACACCGGUGGCACCUGGCGGACUGGAAGGCCACUGAUCCCUACCGGUCCCUCUCCAGCUCGAGCACGGCCACAGGCACCACGGCCAUCGAGUGUGCCAAGGCUCGGGGCAGCUCCGAGUCCCUCACAUCCCCCUCCACUUCCAGGGCCACAACACCCUCCCAGCUCUCCACCGAGGCAGACCUCAAGACCUCAUCCCCCGGCAGGCCCACGGGGCUGAUGUCCCCAUCCAGUGGCUACUCCAGCCAGUCGGAGACUCCCACCCCCACCGUCCCCACCUCUGCCAUCCUUGGGCACUCCCCGCACCAGGUGCGGGUGAGGCCGCUGGUCCCCGAGAGGAAGUCCUCGCUGCCACCCACGUCCCCCAUGGAGAGGAGCCCCAAGUCAAGGCUGUCCUUUGACCUGCCGCUCACACCCCCAGCCCACCUCGACCUCUCAGGGCUGAAGAUCUCCCUGAAGGGAAAGACCAAGGUCAGCCGGCACCACUCUGACUCCACCUUUGGCACCAAGCUGGUGCAGAAGCCCAGCCCCAUCACGCCCAUCAUGCCAGUGGUCACCCAGUCCGACCUGCGCUCCGUCCGCCUGCGCUCCAUCAGCCGCUCGGAGCCAGAGGACAACACCGAUGUCCCGGAGCACACUGAGGAGCCACCGCAAGCUCCCUGCCCAGGGCCAGAGAAGAAAGUGAAGCCACCCGUGGCUGAGAAGCCACCACUGGCCAAGCGUCCCCCCAGCAUCCUGCCCAAGCCCGUGGUGCUCAGGGAGGAGGGUCCCCUGUUCCCCACGUCGCCACCAGGUGCCAUAACCAAGGAGAAGGGGCUGCCACAUGAAGGCUUCGUGGUGCUGCGGAAAGGGGAGCUGAGGAGAGGUCUGGGGGAACCCCGGGCCCCGAUGGGGCACCGCCGGCUCUCGCAGGGCAGCCUGGAGGAUGAGCUGCAGCCAGAGCGGAGCAGUGCCGGCAGGGGGGAGCGGAGGAAGGCCAAGGUGCCACCACCGGUGCCCAAAAAGCCCAGCGUGCUCUACCUGCCUCUGGCCCCAGCGCCAGCACAGCUGGGAGCUGGCCUGGGGGACCAGCCACCCACUCCCAGCCCUAUCAUCACGCUGGAUGCCGACACCACCUGCUGCGACCCCGACGCCGAGGACCCAUCGUCUCCUGAGGCCCUGGGCACAGCACAAGCUGCCGACCCCACCUCAGAGCAAGGCAGCUCAGCAGAGGCUGGCACAGAGAAGAGCUUCGCCAGCGCCAAGACAGCCGACUCCAUCGCGGAGGAGGACGACGACGUGUUUGUGACCUCCCGCACCACCGAGGACCUCUUCACCGUGAUCCACAGGUCAAAGAGGAAGGUCUUGGGGAGGAAGGAGCCUGGUGACACCUUUAGCAGCCGACCCAACUCCCACUCACCUGUAAAGACUUCGGGGUCCCCGACUAGUGAGUCCCCAGCAACAGGGGGCAGCACCGGGAAGUCUUCCAGCAGGAAUGAAGACUUCAAAGCCCUGCUCCAGAAGAAGGGCAGCAAAGCCAGCCCUGGGACCCGGCCAUCUGCUGCCGAACUGCUCAAGACCACAAACCCCUUGGCUCGGAGGGUGAUCACCGAAUUCGCCCCCGAGCUGGACAGUGCCAACAGCCCCAAAAGCCAGCCCUGACCUCACAUGGUCCCAGCCAGCCGUGAAGGGCUGGAGAAGGCUGCGGAGGGAGUGCUGCUGUGGAAGGGGUGUCCUGGCUGGGUCCCUGUGUCCUGCCAGGCCUUUUCUUCUGCUUUUGUUUCUUCCUUGGAGACGCCGGCAGAGAGGCAGCGUUUGGAGCCCGAGGCCUCAUGUCUGCAGUAGGAGUUGGGCCCUUCCUGGGAUGGGAGGAGCGGUCCUGUGGCUGGGAUCACUGCCCUGCUGAGCCCCAGGACCGAUGGUGCCCUCUGGGGAAGCAGAGCCGGGCCGCAGUGCCCAGCCGGCUCAGCACCCGCAGCACAGCUCGCUUGAACCCGUCUGGUCCCUCGGCAUGUGGUGCUGUAAACGGCUUUCCUGACGCGCAGUGGUGAUGCUCUUCUCUUCCCUCUCCUCUGACCCCGUACCUUGAGUUGCCCAGGCAGGGCCCCCGGGAUUGAGCUUGGCUGGAUUGCACUUUGGGAAGACCUUAAUGGGUCAGCUGGCAUUGAGGCUGCUUUGGAAGAGCCACAAGUGGUGCCCCCUCAUCAUCCUGAGCACCGUCCCCGCUGCAUGGGGAGCAGGCAUCCCAGCAUCCACACCCAGUGCCGUGGCCUCAGGCCACAACCCAGCCCCUUGAAAGCCCCCAAAAUGCUGCAUUUCAGAGCUCCUCAGCUCUUGCUCCAAAAACAUACCCCAGGGUCACCUCCACUGCCAGCUCCAGAAAGCCUCAUCCUCCCAGCUGCAACAUGCAUGGGGGUCCACCAACCUCCCUGCUCUCUGCAGCCCCCCAGGUUGUUGACUGUGAGUGGCGUGGGGUGUGGGAUGAGGACUAUGCCCAGGGCAGCACUUCCCCAGCUCUGUACAAGUGCCCUGCAACAGCAUCUAUCAACAUCUGCCACAUCACCCACUGGAGAUUCGGAGUUACUGCCAAGCUGUUGACCAAACCCAGGCAGAAGUCACUUGAGCCACCUCCUGGUGACUCCCAGGGUCCCUCCAGGGUUGCCCACCACCUGCCUGUGCCUACUGGCUGCCAGGGAGCUGUGUGAGGUGAAGCAGGAUGAGUGCCAGCACAAUUGGCAAAGCUGCACCACACUGCUAUCAGAGUGCUGUUGGCAGUGCCACCAUCCCCUGGCACACACAAGGUCCCUGUCACCUUGAGCAUCUCAUGGCCUUGGACAUGCUGCUAAAGCGUGUCCCAUGGUAUGUGCCUGCCCAUGAGGCUGCCUGGGUGGGUGCCAUGAGGAGGUGGCAUUUGUCACAGUGGCACUAGGGGACACAGUGCCAGCACAACUGCCUUGCUCAGCCCUGCCAUGGUGGGGGCUUGCACAUCCCCUGCUGGCUCCCUGCCCCCCUUUGGGGCACAAUGAAAGGCACAAGGUGGGAUUUGUCCCCUUCACCUCUGGCUGCUUCUUCCUGGCUUGGCUCUGGUGUGUUAGUGACAGAGGGACAGUGAGGGCAGCUGCCAGGACCAUGGCAGAGCUGGGGCAGGACCGGGAGGAAGUACCAGCCCCAGCCUGUAGCCAGAGGGAAGGGGCCAGCCCACGGCUGAGGAAGAAACACAGUGUUUAGGACAACUUCCAUGUUAUUCCUGUGAGCUCCAGCAUGCUCCAGCUCUGCUGUGCAUGGGGCAGAGCAGUGUGACUGGGUAUGGGCACCAUAGCAACCUCUCCAACGGGCCAGAGCUGGGCUGGGUGAUCCCUGCACCCCCAGGAGCUCUGCCUGGGGAGCACAGCUCUCUCUGAACACACACACACACACACACACAGCCCCAUCUUCACACCCAUGGGGGAUUUGCCCCUAAAGGAGCCUCCGUGGAUGGUUCCCCCUCCCUCCCUCCCACUAAUUGCACAUUGCUCUCUUCCCUCUCCUGGGGCUGCAGACUGAAGCCUGCAAUUAAGAUCCAGGUUGAGAAACUCAGGAAAAAAAACAAACCACACAAAAGCCCUAAGGAAUUCCCAUGCUUCACCCCCAUCCCACGGCGUUCCUGCUGCACCAGGGCCCGCCAGGAAGGUGCUGGUGGGGCAGGACAGAGCCUGGGAACAAGCUCUGGGGACGGGUACGUUUUGCACAUGACUGCUCAGGAAAGGUGGUGGUGGAGGAGGAGGUGGGCACCAGUGGGCAACUGGGGACAAGCACGGAGUGGGGACACCGGAUGGGCAAUGUCUGAGGGCUCGGGUGGAUCCUGGCCCCCCAGGCAGGGUUGAGAUGAAGGAUGGAGACCCUGGCCGGAGGAAUGCGCUCUUUCCGGGCUGAGAGCUCGCCCCCGGCCCUUUGCUUCCCCCUCCCUUCGGCCGCGGAUGCAGAACCGCUCCCGCGGCUGUGGGGCAGCAGCUCUCGGUCCCUGGGCAGCACCCGGCCGGUGCCAGCCCUGGCCCUGCGGAGCUGCUGAGUGUUGUACUUGCUGAUCUCGCCGGCUUGGUAAAAACUCCCUGCUGA